GCACACCCGCUGUGGGCGGAGCGGACGACGCGACUGCAAUGUCAAGAAGUUUUCUAAGUCCGCGCUAUAGUGUGUGCGGCGUACGGUAGCUUGAGAAAACAACAAACAAACAAACAACGGAUACACACGGGUGUCGAAGGAAACGCGGAAGUCGGGACUCGGACGCACAGCCAUGGAGGGUGUGUACGGAUGGGGCCUGGCCGCACUCAACCCAGCGGUCCAAGCGGCGAGCCCCUUCAUCGAGAUCAUCGAGCAGCCGAAGCAGAGGGGCAUGAGGUUCAGGUACAAGUGUGAGGGGCGGUCAGCCGGCAGCAUCCCCGGGGAGAAGAGCAACGACACCACCAAGACCCACCCAGCCAUCAAGCUGCACAACUACAGCGGCCCCCUGCGCAUCCGCAUCUCGUUGGUGACGAAGAACGCGCCGCACAAGCCUCACCCGCACGAGCUGGUCGGGAAGGACUGCAAACACGGCUACUACGAGGCGGACCUGCAGGAGAGACGAGUGCACAGUUUUCAGAACCUGGGCAUCCAGUGUGUGAAGAAGAAGGACGUGAACGAGGCCAUCACGUGUCGGCUGCAGACCAACAACAACCCCUUCAACAUUCCCGAGGCCAAGGUGUGGGAGGAGGAGUUUGACCUGAACUCGGUCCGGCUUUGCUUCCAGGCCUUCAUCACUCUGGCUUCAGGGGACCUGCUUCCUCUGGAGCCGGUGGUAUCGCAGCCCAUCUACGACAACAGGGCCCCGAACACGGCCGAGCUGAAGAUCUGCCGAGUCAACAGCAACUCUGGCGGCUGCAAAGGAGGCGACGAAAUCUUCCUGCUGUGUGACAAAGUGCAAAAAGAGGACAUCGAGGUGCGCUUCUUCCAGGACUCCUGGGAGGGGAAGGGCUCUUUCUCUCAGGCCGACGUCCACCGGCAGGUGGCCAUUGUGUUCCGCACGCCGCCGUACCGCGACGCCAACCUCAGCGAGCCCGUUCGGGUCAAGAUGCAGCUCCGCCGGCCCUCCGACCGCGAGGUCAGCGAGCCCAUGGACUUCCAGUACCUGCCGGCCGACCCAGACCGGGUGAGUGACAAGAGAAAGUUCACAGAGGUCAUGUUCCAGAGCCUGAAGCUGGGGCCCAUGCUGUCUAGUGUGUCCAUACCAGACAGACGGUACAUAAGCCCGGCCAGAAAGACGGGGCCGGCCAAGCUUCCAUUCACGAGUGGACAAGUCGCAGCUGCGGCGCCCCCUGGUGCCAGCGGCGCCAAAGCCCAGCCUUCCUACUCUUAUCAACCGGGCCAGCCCUUCUCGGUCCAGCCGAAGGCCGAGGCCUCCGCCGCAACUGCAAACCAGACCUGGAGGAUCGUGGAGAGCCUGAACCCGGGCCCCCAGCCCAAAGCCACUCCCGUGGCCAACUUCACAAUCAGCCGGGUGGCGCCCCCCUGCUCCGUGACCGCCGCCACGUCCGCCGCCAACCAGGAGUAUUCGACCGUCAACCUGGCGGACCUACAACAGCAGUUCUUCCCGGACAUCUCCACGUCGAUGGUCCAGGAGACGCCGGCUUCUCGGGGAAGCUCGUCCUGCUCCUCGCAGAGCGGCCUCUCCUUCGCCCUCGCGGGCUCUCAGUACCACGUGGACGCGCCGCUCGUGGACGACGGCAUCCCAGAGUUCCCGAGCUUGAACAUGGAGGACUUCGAGGACCUCCUGAACCCCGUCCUGAUGAACGUGAGCGGGGACGGCGCCCCGAUGUCGGCGCAGGCUUCGUGUCAACAAUCCGCCGCCGUCUCUUCGACCGCGGCCUACGGCGCGGCGUCCCAGAACAAUUCUGACCCCGCCGGCAUCCCGGGAAGCACCUGGAUGAACUACCCCUACAGCAUCGUCCACCUGCUCCAGAACGAGGGCAUGAUCGACAACGGCAACCACCGGCCCCCGGUGCUGGACGAGUGCGACGAGUUGAUGUCCGCCGACGAGGACCGUCUCAUUUCCAUCUUUAACGGCGGAAGCCAAGCCGGGUUCGUCUCGGGACACCCGACCUGAAGUGCGUCCGACGGGAUGCUUUUAUUUUGUACUUCCUACGAACAUAUUCACAUCCACUUGUAUCAGAACUUAAAGACAAGAAAGGAAACACGGUGGAUCUGGAGCAGAGAGAUUUCUCACGAUCGCCCACAGAUACACCAGCAGAGACUCGCGCAGGUGUUCAAUCAGCGGGUUUUCUACACAGUUCCACUGACGGACGAGACGGGACCGCCCAGCUUCAGAUCUAUAGAACGGAUGCGUCGGCUCCAAUGUUUUCCCGUGGAACACGCCAGGCGUGUUUUUGUACCCCGUCAUCUGGAGUCACGUCUGUCCGUGUUACUGCGAUCACUCUGACAUGUGUACGUUUGCUCUGCCUUUUGAUUUCAAACUAAGCGGGGGAGGGGUUCUCGGCGGUAAAUUGGGUCCGGAGGUAAGUCCAUGCAAAUGAUCCCAAAUGUCCUCGUAAUUAAAAUGUUUUGCUCUUGGGUUGUUUUUUCUGAAGGUGACUGACAACCUUCGCGUAGCUCGCUGCCUUUGAGUCUCAAUGUAGUAAUGUGUUAUGAACCAAAUGAAGGUCUACAUGGACGUAUAAUUAACAAGCAACAUUUAUAAGUACAUGCUUAUAGCAGUGGAGCUGUAUCCGAUAUUGAUUAUCUGUCUGCCAAAUGUCCUCGGGUCUCUUAUCAGUUGUUUCAGACCUGUGAGUCAAUCUGCUUUCCUCUGUCGGAAAAGAUACUUCCAGAUUAGAGCACGCUGUUUUAUAUUGGUAUGACGUAAACUGAUUAUACUUUAUGCCUUCCUGCUGUAAUUAAUGUCUCACUGUCAAAGUUCUAAAACACUUUUCCUGACAAUAAAAACCACAAUAUAUUCA